AUGGCGCCCGUGGAGCCGAUGAUCCCGGCCGAGAUCGCGCCCGAGCGAGCGUCGCUCUCGCGGAGGACGUCGCAGACCGAGAGCAUGCUGCGGAUGCAGAGGUCUUCGCACUCGUCGGCCGGCGGCAGUCUGAAGGAAGGCGGAAGUCUGAGGGCGAAGCUGGGCCUGGCCGGCGUGGCGCGGCGGACGCUGGGUAUCAGUCUGUUGAUGGUGACGGUGUGCCUGUGGACGCUGUCCAAUUUCCUUGCGAGUUACAUCUUCUCCGACAACACAUAUAGCAAGCCAUUCUUUGUCGUCUACGCCAACACAUCCAUUUUUGCGAUUUCGCUCAUACCCAUGGCGAUCAAGUUCCUGCUGAAGAACGGGGUGGAGGGGUUCCGGAACGCGGCGCGGGACGUCUGGUACGAGCACAAAUACGGCAUCAAGGCCGGCAAGAGCCAGCAGCAGGAGGACGACGACGACGCCACGGCCGGCGAGCGCCUGCUCGUGGACGACGAGGGGGCCCUGGACCCCGCCGACGCGGCGGCGGCGGCGGAGAAGGAGGAACGGCUGACGUUCCGGGAGACGGCAGUGCUGAGCCUGGAGUUCUGCAUGCUCUGGUUCCUGGCCAACUACUUCGCCUCGGCGUGCCUCGAGUACACGAGCGUCGGCAGCGUGACGAUCCUGACGUCGACGAGCAGCGUCUGGACGCUCAUCUUCUGCGCGCUCAUGCGCGUCGAGGGCUUCACGUACCGCAAGCUGGUCGGGGUGCUGGCGUCGCUGGCGGGCGUGGUGCUCAUCUCGUCGGUGGACCUGUCGGGCGCGAGCGACGAGAACAGGGGCAACUUCCCGCACAAGACGCGGGCGCAGAUCGCCAUCGGGGACGCCAUGGCCUUUGUCAGCUCCAUCAUCUACGGCCUGUACGUGACGGUCAUGAAGCGCCGGGUGGGCAACGAGGACCGCGUCAACAUGCCGCUGUUCUUUGGCCUCGUCGGGGUGCUGAACCUCGUGUUGCUGUGGCCUGGCUUCUUCAUCCUGCACUUUACGGGCAUUGAAACUUUUGAGCUUCCGCCGACCGGUAACGUCUGGUUCAUUAUCAUCCUCAACUCAAUAUCCUCGUUCAUCAGCGACAUGUCGUGGGCGUACGCGAUGCUGCUCACGACCCCGCUCGUGGUGACUGUGGGCUUGUCCCUGACCAUCCCGCUAUCGCUCAUCGGCGAGAUGAUCCAGUACGCGCAGUACUCGAGCUGGGUGUACUGGGUCGGGGCCACCGUGGUGUUUGUGUCAUUCGUGUUUGUCAACAACGAGAGCCACGAGGAAGGGGGUAGCAGCAGACCACCGCAGCGCGCGUCCGACGGAGGGCAUGGGUCUGUGUAA